AUGAAUAAGUCCAUUGGAAGGGCCAUUGACGUGAUUGCAGAUGACAAGCUUGUACUAAGACGGCUUUUGAAGCGCAUCUUAGCCGUUUACAGUCUUUCAGGUGUCUUGACCUUCGCAAAAUUGAGAAACCUGAAGGACUCAUCGCGGCACACUAGGAUAACAGCCCUGCUGAAAAGUCUUAAAACUGCAUCAUGGGUCUGUGCUCUGCUCGGGAGCUAUCCUGUUUUGAACAAAGUGUUGAAAAAUAGGAUUCUGGCUUUCAAUGGCGCCCUGCUGGCCACGACGCAAUUGAAUGUUCCGCCUUGGGUGUCCACAUAUCUGGCUUUUGAGUCCGUAAUCGACUAUGCAACGAGUUUAAGCAGCAUAGGGAACUUCGUGUCGCAGCUGAGCCGUCAAAACGCCAAUCUUAUCCGACAAGCGCUUCUUUGCUUCGUUAUACCGUGGCUCCGCAACACAACUUAUCCAUCGCGGGCCAAGACCAUACUUUUCCAACGCAAGACUCUUAUCAAAGAUUUUGUAACACUGUUCGCUCUGUGGAACUCGAUUUCGCUUUAUCAAUAUCUCAAAUCGUCCCUGUACAAACAACGACAACGGCCUAAACGCCAGAGCAUCGAAACCAACAAUAUCCAGGAUUCAGUGACCUUGAACUCUCGUUUGUUUAAAGACAAAUGGAAGGAGAUUAAUGAAAUGACAACAACGCGAACCGUAUGGGAGAAAGUAGUUGGUUGCUGCUGUGGUGAAAACCUGCAUGUACCGCUUAAAUGGGUCGCCUGGAGACAAUUAUUGUGGGCACUGCUGGACACCGAGGCUCGUUACAGCUCGAAUUUGCAAAUAUCAGCUCUUCUGAUGUUAGGAUUGUACGUGCUGGAUAGCAAGAAAAAUGAGAUGUUUGUGCGACCUGGGGUACUCAAAUAUCUGAUGAGGAUUUGGAUCACAGACCAAAUACACGACAAACGAAAGUGGCAAAACCUAUUUUUUUGGACAGGUUCCAAUUUAUCCUUGUACAAUCAAACACGGACGCGAAACGUCUAG